AUGUGUAGAAAGAAUAGUCAAGUGUCUUUAAAUCAGGAUGGUGCUGUGUUGACUAUUUUAAUAUGUUUAUGUAAUGUCCGCCUAAUUUCUAUUGUAUAUUCAUGUAAAUGUAAAGCUCAGGACUCUAUGCUACUGUUAUUGUAUAUUGUUAAUUCUCUACAGAGCUUGUUAAAGACAAUAAUGGAAUUAUUACAGACAGUACUAAUUCUUAUUCUCUCAUUAGAGAUCUGGCUUGUUUACAGCUCUCUAAAACAAUUUGAUGCUAAGAAAGGAACUGGGAAGAAGAGCACAGUUAGAGGAAAAACAAAAGCUGAAAAAGAAAAAGAAAAGAAAAAAAAUCAAAAGGCUAAAGGUAAAGCCAAAAAACCUAAAGAAAAGACAGAAAGGAAGAAAGGUCCUGACCGAAAGUUAAAACCAAAUCCUAAAAUCAAAGUGUUGGAAAAAGACCCCUUCUUUGAGACAAAAGAAAAAGUACCAUUUGUUUCAAUACCAAUACAGAGUAAAUUGGUUAUAAGAGCAGCAAUAUUAGAUAAUGUAUCUAUGUUAAAAGAUUUAUUAGCAGAUCCUAAUGUUUAUAAGGUGAAUUAUAAGCGAAGUAAAGAAAAUAGGAAUACAGCGUUAGAUUAUGCUAUUAGAAAUGGUAAUAAAAAUAUAAUAGAAUUAUUGGUAGAAGAUAUAAUAUGUAGUAAGAAAAGAAAAGUAAACACCCCUCCCACACCAUUACUACAUAGUAUUGAUACUGGAACUUAUAAUCCUGUCAAUUUAGGAGUAAGAAAUGUGCGUAAAUUGAAUGUAAGUCGAGGUAGUCGUGAGGGGAAUGACGCCUUUAAAGAUGAUGGAGAGUACAAUCCUGGUGUAGAGGAAUAUUGUUUUCUACCAAUACAAUAUGGUUGUGAUUGGUCUGUUGUUGACAAUGUCAUGGCCUCUGUUAUAAAACAUAGUAGUGGAUCUUAUGAUAAAGAGCAUAUGAUUGGUCAUUUAAUAGAUGAUAUCAAUAAAGUAGUUAUAUUAGGACAUCGUAAGUUAGCAGCUAGACUAGUAGAAGAAGCUGAAAAGAGAGGUGGUUUUGGUUUUAAUUUCCUCCAUAAAGAA